AUGGAAACUCCGCAGCUCCACAAGGUGACGCAACCUACCCCUUCCAGUGCAGCUCCCGCCUCAUCAAAUGUGAAUCCUUCCCAUUCAGUCCAAGAUCCGCUUCUGCAAUGGAUUCCAUCGUCUAUUUCUCACUCCUUGUCAACUCUUCGAAUAAAUUCCCAACCUCCUAGGAAUUCUUCAUCCGAGCAAUAUUCCCUGUUCCCUGAACGUGGUUUCACAUCCACUCCACUCAGACGCACUGAAUCAGCGCAGUUGGCCGCAAAACCCACCGUAUCGGUAGAUGAGAACGGGGAACAGUUGGAAUUAGUCAAUCCACAUCCAGUUUUACGUCAUGCAGAAGAGGACCCGAUCGAGACCCAUGAUCAGGUGGUUGCGGAAAUGGCGGCUCAAGGAAUCGUUUGGGCCCCGCCGAAUGUAAUGGAACCGCGAAAUGCUUCGCAAACUGCAGACGGUCUUUCGGCAAGAAACACACGAUGGUACUCUGCAGGGAUAGAAGAGGAACAAUUGGUCACUCAACCAUCACCAAAUCAUUGGGUAGCCGAGGACAAAACACGUUCUGGUUCCGAUUCCUAUUUUGCCGACGGAAGCAAACAAACCGGUCGGAGUAAAAGGUACACACAUCCAUCCGGUGCUCCGCAAGCACACCCAAACAGUCCGUUGUCCCAAUCAUCGACAAUGCCCCCUGAUGGUGUGUCUAUUGAACCCCUCCCUUCGAUCCCCACAUCACGUGACCACCAGUCGAUAUCCGAGGGAGAUGUCCAAAGUCGAACAUUAGCGAAUGAUUUAACCACAAAAACAACUGACACUCUAACGCAGGUCAAUGAUGCGGGGCAUCGGGACCUGAAAGCGCGUUUGGAUCAUGAAAUCGCACUUAGGAAACAACAAGACGAUUAUAUUCGACAAUUACAAAAGUACUACGACAAUUUGCUGACCAAACAUGCCCUAGCCGAGGUGACCAUCGAUCAAUUGCGAAUGGGUUCUAAAGUCCGAUCGGAAUCGGAAGAUCGUACCAAUUCGCGUGCCAAUACUCAUCGGGCGUCCGAUCUGGGGCUGAUAGAUCGAUCUGCUCGGUAUCAGUCGCAACCGUUAUCCGCACUUCCAAACUUGAGACGAGGAUCACAACUGUUCGGGGCAAGCAACGAGCAGUUAGUGGCUUCCGGACCACAGUUACGUUAUGCUUCCACACCAAUGCUCGUUUCGACAGCACAGCAACAGCAGCCACCACCACGACAGGGACGGUUGACCGAAUCUCGGGAUUGGUCAACCACGCAAACAUCCUUUCCGCAGUUGACCGAGGAUCCUGGUGGCAAUAGUCGUGCUGGCGGAUCGGGUGUACGCCAGAUUGAUUGGACCUACGGGAACGAAAGGUAUGCCAGCUCAGAGCGUUUGUGUCAGACGGUCCCUGAGGAAGGCGAGCCCAACUAUUUCGAUCUCAACAAGGUGGACACACCGCCGUCCUCGGCUGAUGCUCGCAUGCAGCGUCGAUUGUCCAAUUCGACCGUGGUAUGCAAACCCGUCAAAUCUCACGUGACAAACGAAUCGGUAUCAACUGAAACGGCUGAUCAACGACCACAUGAUGCAGCGUUUUCACUUCGAGACCGACAUAUGCACAGCAUGAAUCGGAAAGAACCUGAAGACCGGCAGCACUCUGUUCAUCCCAAACAACCAACAACCGUUUCGAACAAUGAAGUGGGACUUGGUCCGGACGAGGUGCAUCUAGAUCUAAUGACCAGUGUUAUGGAAUUGAAGGCGAAACUAGACCACAUUCGGCUCCGAAUUGCAGAUCAUGAUGAUGCACUGACAGAGUCAGAUAUCCGCCCACUUCGAGCUCAAUAUAUUCAAUUGAAGAAGUGCUACCACUUGGCCCGGCGUCGUUGGUGUGAAGAUUCCAAACGUGCCGGAACUUUUGAGUUCGAUUCCAGUCAAACUUUGGACAAGGAACUGUUCCAGCUCCGUUUGCAGUUGGACGAUAUAGAAGCUUGUUUGCAAUUGACCGGAUCGCCGAUGAACGAACCAAAUAAUUUUUCCGGCAAACCCCAAUUAAACGACAGUUACGUGCGUAACUUUCCAGUAAACUCUGGUCACACGAUCGGAUCGAACUCCAAAUAUCCAACAGUUGUGGAUAGCGGCGUUCUGUCCUCACCAAGUCGUUCGGACCGGGAACACGAUUUGUCCAGUGUAUCCAGUUCACCUCUUGUGAAAGGCAAGUACUACUGUUCUUUACGUGCUGUUGAGUUAACCGCAAUGAAUUGGUUUCUCAUACAAUGUUCCAGUUACAUUCUGUUUGCCUCGUGGUGUGUGCGUGCGCUCACGUACAACCUACGGGCCCUGGAGGAUUUGUAUGUGGAUCUUAUGGAUCGAUAUAAUAAAUUGAAGGAAUGUGAUGCGUCCCAUGAACAGGCUACUCGGCUAUAUGAUAUCAUGAAGCGUCUGUAUGACCUUGCAAUCACGGUGAACGGUCAUUCCAGCGUGAUUCCAACCCCGGAAGAGUUGGAAUCGGUCUUUCAGCUGGAUGGAGAUACACGAAAACUGAGCGAGGACUUGGAGAAAAUGAUCCGCACAGAACGUGAACUGUCUGCAUAUUCCAGCUACUCUAACGUGUCUGGUCGGGACCCGUACUUGGAUCCUGCUCAACCUCCAGUCUCCAAUUCUGGGCAUACACUUAACAAUAACAAGUCCCAUCACGAUCCAGUUCCAUCCACAUCUGGUCUUACCCAAAAUACUAUGACAUUUUCUAAUCGUGGAUUUGGUACACACCAGCCUCAUGCACCUGGUUCAGAUGGUUCCAGUUCCGCUCAAGAUAGCGGUUUAUCGACCCCACCUGUGAGUGAACCGAGAAGCUGUCGCAUCGGCAAAUUAAAUGGAUCUCGAGAGCAACGUCUGGUUCUGGAAUCCACAAAACGUCGCAUGACUACCAUUGAGUCAGAUAGCAGUCCGACGGCAAAGUCGAUACCAACCUACAGUACACUCGGACACCCGUCCGAUAGUGGUCUUCCGGGCUCUUUUCCCUCGAAUCGGGAUCCUUAUUUUGUUGCAAGUGGUGCGCCCACUUCAAAACCAAAAGCUGGAAGUCGAACUGUUUCAGCAAUACUCACGAAUUCAUGCGCACCCGUGAAUUAUAACGCUGCUUCCAUCGAGGUGCAACCUAAUGAUGAUGAUUCGACUAAAAAACGAAUGGAGGCCAUUGAGGCCGGAAUUCGUUUUCUACAAGAGAAGAUGCAAGAAGUAUGCAAUCAGAGGCCGUCAUCUCGCAUGGCUCUUGACGAUGCACCUUUGGACGGUAGUAUGGAUGCUUCUGUAUUAUGGAGUGAACCAAAACUUAUUCGUGAGCAACCAUCAACCACUAACAUCGGCUUGAACCGGUCACGCCGCGGUAGAAAAUCGCGUUCCACUGUGACAAAAAGACCCGCUUAUCAACAAUCAGCGAAUUAUGAACAGCUAAACCACAGUGAUCCUGACGGCUCUGGAACCCGGAGAGAUGGCGAGCGUCAGAACAAGGUAACAUCGAAUGGCCCAACGAAAUGCGACAACGGACAUGAUAAUUCAUGCACUCCCCUCAAAGUUCGUGGCUUAUAUAAACCCGAACUUAUUCGGAAUAUGAGGCAUCAAAACCGUUCACCCGGUGAUGUAUCCAGUGGUGACGAUGCGUCAGAAUCACCGGAAAAUGACGGGAAUGCUGAUGAGGAAUCAGACUACACUGAUCAAGAUACUUGCUCACCUCAUGGUUCUGAUUCACAGGAUUCAGACACGGAUUGUUUGGAUCAAGAACAAGGUGUUUCUUUCCAUCCUUGUCGAGGUGUUAAACCUCGAUCGAUUCUAAGACAAAACAACCCUAAAACCACCGCCCCUGUUCACAAGCAUCCUUCUGUCACUUUGAAUCCGACAAGUCAUCGUGAUACUCGGCACCGCUACCCAAGUUUUGCUUUCGAUCGAUCCAUGUCGGCCGCUUGCGAUCUGCAUCAAUUUCCUUCCGAAUCUCCUCACUCAUUUCAACCCGGAACUUUCGGUGGUUCCAUGCCCGUGCUGAUCCAUCCGAACGAGUGUUGCGAUGCUCAUUCAGCAUCGGUAGGUCAUAGGACUAGUUCGAACUUGUGUCCUCGACAUUCACUUCGACUCUCGGAAUUGGCGCAAACACAGAAUGAGUUUUGUCGACCACCACCCCCUCCGAAACCAGCUUUUUUGGCAGAACCUCAUCUGGUUAGCACCUGUGGUACAUGUGGGGGUAGUGGUCGUGUGUCGGCUUCUUACGUGGAUCACAUUCGCCGUCCGCUCAUGCCUAACAGAACACAGACCACAACCUACGGUCGACGUGUACUUUCUUUCGCAAACCUCAUUCAAGACGGAUCCAUUCUCAACCCCAUUAAUCAAACGUGCAUUCGCGAAUACACGGAAGUUGGUGGUCGACGUUAUACUGUUCGUGAGUUAGCUUGCAAUACGCCAUUAUCUGGUCCAAAUCCAUUCUCCAUGAGAAUGUACCCGUGGUGCUCCCCAGCUGUUGAUAUGUUCCCAUCCCGUAAUGAGAUGCAUUUUGAGAUCGAAUCAAUUACCGCUGCUUCCCUUGCACUUCGUCUCUGGUGCUUACCAGAUCCGCUCACCGAAAUAUUGUAUCUGGAUUAA